AUGUUGAACUCUGAUUCUGCGGUUUUAUCGAGUCCAGCCCAUCAGCGGCCAAAGCGGGUUGUCACGGAGGCGCGGAAAUUACAGAAUAGAGAGGCACAGCGAGCCUACCGCCAGCGACAAAAGGAGCGCUUAAAGAACGAUGAGAAGUUGUCGAAAAUGAAACGUGCUCCAGGGCAAUACCAGCCGCUUCGGCCGUAUCCAGCAGCAGGGAAAUGUUCAAGUCCCUCCCAGGAGCGCGUAGUUGACCGGGCUAGACCUGCACCGGUUACAGGUUCGCAAGAGCCCCAGAAUAGAUUGAACGGGCCUCAAGUAUAUGGAUCAUCUCCUCAAAGCCAAUUCCGCUUUGAGGAGACUCCUCUACCUGAUGCGAGCUUAGCGUUGAGGCAGCUACCGACGGGUCAAGAGUCUGUGGCCAGUGCAUCACACUCGUUCUCAAGCCAUCUGGAGGCCGCUGCAUCUGACCAACCCUAUGUAGAGACUUGGUCUUCUGGCAUACCGAACCUGGACCGAAUAGGUAAUAGGGACACUGGGACCGCACUGUUCAGCUACAGCCCGCCGGACUUCUCUGGCAUAGAUGACCUGCUUCUUGGGGAGCCUCCUCAUACUGAGUCGCUCUCAUUAGGGGACCUAGAAAAACAGGCCGAAAGUAACUCUGGCGGCGGCCGCGAAGCUUCCCCAUCAGAGGAUCCUGUUGAUCAGGUGUCGCGUCGAACCCCUGAUUCCGUACGGAACACAACCACCAACACCCUACAAACCAACAUGGCAUCACCAUGGGAUCCCCUGAAUUUAGUACCCAAAGACAGCCCACUUCUCGUACCUCAACUUCCCAAUCCAUACACAAACCGCCUCCACACAACCCGUACUUCGCUUCUCACAGCCUGCAUGUACAAUGCCCUGUCUAUUGGCAUCAGGAUGCAGGAAUUCUUGAACUAUAAUUCCAUGACAGUUUGCUCGCCAUUUUAUCGUCCAGCUACAGCAGGGGACGACCCGAAAGCCCUGCUUGCGGCUGUUUCUAAUCCAUCGAUCCCUAUUCACCUGCGUCCAACCCUCCCGCAAGUCCUUUUCCCCCAUCAUCCAUUUUUUGAUCUCAUCCCGAUCCCUGUCCUGCGAGCCCGUGCAAUUACGCUGGCAGCGACCUCGCCGAAUUUAGUAAAUACCUUUGAUUUAAAAAAGGAUAUUGUUGAAGGAGGGCUGGUGUGCUGGGGUGCUGUCGACACGGCUAACCUUGCAAGUGGCCAGCCGUGGGACUUGCGUAGCUGGGAAGCAGCUCCAUGGUUUCUACAGAAAUGGAAGUUACUGCUUAACGGCAAUGAUGGCGAUCUGUGGCAGCAAAGCAUCUGGUUUCAGGCUAUGCGGGGGGGGGAUAUAUCGGCGUUCUAA